AUGGCUAUGCCAAGUAAUAAGUCACCAGGACCAGAUAAAAUAGGCAUGCGUGUCAUCAAAGACUGUCUUCCAAUCAUACUGGGCCCUCUUACGCAUAUGAUAAAUUGCUCUCUAAUGACAAGCACAUUCCCUGACCUAUGGAAGAUUUCUGAAGUUAUACCCCUACUAAAAGAAGGAGACCACGAGAUAGCUUCGAACAAUCGGCCUCUCUCACUACUCGAGGUAGUUUCAAAAGUUUGUGAAAAAGUUGUUCUAAAUCAAUUUAGCUCCUACCUCAAAGAAUUUAAUCGCAUAUCGUCACAUCAAAGCGGGAAUAGGAGUCUUCACUCCACAGAAACCUUAAACAUAUUUGUUACCGAUACCAUGUUGGAAGCCAUAGACAACAAAAAUCUAACGGCACUAAUUUUAUUGGAUUUAUCCAAGGCAUUUGACAGUGUCAGUCAUUCGAUUUUAUUACACAAAUUGAGUUGUAUCGGUACUUCACCCGAAGCUGUUAAAUGGUUCCAAGACUAUUUAACAGGCAGAUCCCAAUACGUGCGCAUUGGAUCCACCAAGUCAUCAGCUCACCCGAUAACCCAUGGCGUUCCACAAGGUGCAAUACUAUCACCACUUCUGUUUUGCAUCUAUAUUAAUGAUCUGCCAGGGAGCAUACAAUCGUGUAACCUUGAUUCAUACGUAGACGACUCAAAGCUUUACAAAUCAUUCUGCAUCUACGACUUGGAAUAG